GUCAAUGCUGUACAUUAAUUCUGGUGUCUUGUGUAGAGUUGAUGAAAUAUAAUCAUGACCAACCCUAUAACAAAAUGUCAUUGCAUAGCCCCUCGCUGCGAUAUUCAAAAGAGCGAACGUUAAAUUAAAAGAAAGAGUAAAAAGAAGAAAAUCUAGUUUUGGAGGCAGAGUUGUUUGAACUACGGUUGAGAGUGGUCGCGAAUAAAGUUGUUCUCUGUGAAUAAAUUGUAUUUUAUUACCGCUCCGAAAAGUGUACAAAAAAACCUACGUCGGCGAGACUCUACAAUUUGGCGCAGCCGAACGGAUUUUUUCCCCAAGAUGGACUACGACAAAAGUUGCCCGUUAGCACCAUUCAACGACGCGGUUGAUGCAUCGGAUCUCCGCCGAGAGUGGGAAGAGUGGUUAAGGGCGUUCGAACUCCUGCUGGAGUUGAAACAGGUUGACUCGCAGCACGAAAGACUGAUUCUUAUGCUGGUACGAGGUGGUCGUGGUCUUCAGAGGAUUUACUUUAAUCUGAGACCAGUGCCUGGUGAGAUUCAACCGGGACCAGCAAAAGUCCCACUUGCACCUCAGGAGACCCGGAAUACGAUAACGCUGUCAAACGCUUGAAUAACUUUUUCGUUGGAAAGCGUAAUGAGCGAGUUGAACUGGAAGUUUUCCGUUCAUUGAAACAGUCUACUGAAGAAUCCUUCAACAACUUCAUUUUGAAGCUCCGCACGCAGGCGAACCGAUGUGAUUUUCGAGAGCGUGAGGAGAAAGAAAUACUGCAGCAAGUAACGAUGGGAGCACGAGAUGACAGAGUAAGAGAUAAGGGUCUGGAGAAUGUAAUGAAUCUUGAUGAACUGACUAACUACGCUGUUAAUCGAGAACUCUUGGCAAAACAAAAAGAGAAAUCACACCCGUUUAAGGUAGACGCUGAACCGGUUAGUGUAUCUGCAGUGAAGCAAGUUUGGGGCAGAAAGUAUCAGCCCAGAGAGAGAUCUUUUGGAACAACCGUAUACAAGGGCGAAAAACCGUGGAAUGAUGGAAACCGUACUCGAUUGGAGUGCGAUCGUUGCGGUUCGUGGAAACAUCACAAAGAUUCACCAAGCUGCAUCGCUCGAAACUCGAAAUGCAACAAUUGCGGGCGUACAGGUCAUUUUGCCCGAAAAUGCAGAGCAGCACGGAAGAAACAACUCAAAUCCCGCAGCACCUGGAGACGUACCGAGAAUGAAGCAAACGCGCUACGAUAUGAUGACUGCGGCGAGAUAGAAGCAUUGCAACAUCGUCCGACGUCGGAGGAAUCUUUGAAGAUGAGCCGAAAAAGUGAUGGAAUUAUUACAUGCAUGAUUGAUCAACAUCCCGUCAUUUUUCUUAUCGACUCGGGAGCAGCAAUCAAUACUGUAACUGAGCAGGUUUGGAAAGAGCUCAUCAAUACAAGUGCAACACUUUUCAAGAAACGAUUUCAUUGUGAUCGAAAAAUUUUGUCUUAUGCUUCUCAAGAACCGCUUCGUGUUCUAACCAUUUUUGAAGCAUGGAUCUCGGUAAACGAAUCCAAGCCAAAAAGCUACGCCGAAUUUUUCGUCAUCGAAGGAUCGCAGAAGUCUCUCCUGAGUAAAAGAACAGCAGAAGAUUUGAAGGUCUUGAAUGUUGGUCUUGAGGUCCAAAACAUUGAGGUGAAAUCUGAAGCUUUUCCGAAGUUCCCCAAUGUCCAAGUUAAGCUGUCAAUUGAUGGACGUGUACUUCCACGGAAAAUAGCAUACUUGAGAGUACCUUCUGCAAUGGAGGAAAAGGUGGAUCAGAAAAUACUAGAGAUGCUGAACAAUGAUGUAAUAGAGCCGGUUGUGGGACCGCCGGAAUGGAUAUCGCCCAUGGUUGUGGUGCCUAAGGGGAAAGAUGAUAUUAGACUGUGUAUCAACAUGAAGUACCCAAAUGAAGCGAUACAACGUGAACAUUAUCCUCUUCCUAUGAUCGAUACUCUUCUGAAUAGGCUUAGAGGAUCGACCAUUUUCUCGAAACUUGAUAUCACAUCUGCAUACUAUCACAUUGAGCUCCAUCCGGAAUCUCGGGGAAUCACUACUUUUAUGACGAGCAGGGGGCUUAUGCGAUUCAAGCGAUUAAUGUUUGGAAUUAAUUGUGCCCCCGAGAUUUUCCAGCGGGUAAUGUCCGAAAUGUUAUCUGGAAUUCAAGGUGUUGUGGUGUAUAUCGACGACGUUGUGGUAGCCGGAAGUACCCAAGAGGAGCAUGACGCUCGAUUGCGACAAGUGUUAACCGUCCUGAAAAAUAAUAAUGCUACGUUGAAUAAAGCCAAAUGUUUGAUGGGGGUGACUGAGCUUGAGAUUCUGGGUUUCAAAGUUAGCGCAGCGGGUAUAUCUCCAUCAGAUGAGAAGAUUUCUGCUAUCAGAAAUUUCAGAAAACCAGAAUCUAAAGAAGAAACUCGAAGUUUUUUAGGUCUGGUGAACUUUGUCGGGCAGUUUAUCCCACACCUGUCAACGAGGUCUGAAGCACUGCGUAAAUAUAUAAGAGGAGAAGUUGAAGUUUUUGGGGUAGAUCAGCAAAACGCUUUUGAUGAUUUGCGAAAUGAGCUGUCAAACACUGUUCGCCAACUUGUAUUUUUUGACCCGAAGGAUAAGACAGAACUCUAUGUAGACGCAUCACCAGUGGGCCUUGGAGCAGUACUCACACAGCGGAACAGUGAACAUAUUUCAAGAAUCAUAAGCUUUGCUUCAAAAGGAUUGACAAAAACAGAAAGAGUGUAUCCCCAAACUCAGCGCGAAGCGUUGGCGGUCGUAUGGGCUGUCGAAAAAUUCUACCCUUAUCUGUUUGGAACCCAAUUUACAAUAUUCACCGACCACAAAUCUCUUGAGUAUAUCUUCGGAGGAAAGCAUCAACAAGGAAAGCGAGCUUGUUCAAGAGCUGAAGGGUGGGCGUUGCGUCUCCAGCCAUAUGAUUUCUGUGUGAAACAUAUUCCUGGUUCAUCAAACAUUUCAGAUGUGCUCUCCAGGUUAAGCGUACAGGCCAAUUCGAUAUCAGAUGCACCUUUCGAUGAAGCAACGGAACAUUACUUGUGUGCAGUUGGUGAUGGCCCGGCAGCAAUUUCUCUACAGGAAAUAAAAAUGGAAACUGAGCAGGAUGAGGUCCUCAAAACAGUGUUGAAAGCAAUACAUAGUCAAAACUGGCCAUCAGACCUUUUCCGGUAUCAAGCAUUCUCGAAAGAGUUAGGAAUAAUUGAUGGCAUUAUAGUCAGAGACGAAAGGAUUAUCUUGCCAACAAUUCUAAGACGAAGAGCCCUGAUAAUAGCCCAUCGGGGGCAUCCCGGAAUAGUCACAAUGCGACGUAACCUGCGUGAAAAGGUAUGGUGGCCACGCAUGGACCAAGAUGUUGGAGACUAUAUUCAAGAGUGUGCUGGAUGUGCAGCAGUAAGUGCUCAGGGGCCGCCAGAGCCUAUGGUGCGGAAACAAAUGCCGGAACGAGCGUGGCAAGAAAUUGCAAUUGAUUUCUUUUCGGCUAAGGAGUGCGCAACAUUUCUUGUUACGGUUGAUUACUACAGUCGCUUCCUUAGAGUUACGGAAAUGAAAGGAACGAACGCAGCGAAGACGAUCGAAGCGCUGGAAUCAUUAUUCCAUGAGCAGACAUACCCAGAAUCGAUCCGGAGUGAUAAUGGGCCACCAUUUUCAAGCGAAGAAUUUUCAAAAUACUGCAAGGAUAAGAACAUUCGACUCAUUCGUACUAUCCCAUAUUGGCCCCAAAUGAAUGGGUUAGUAGAGCGCCAAAACCAGGGUAUUUUGCGGACUCUGCGAAUCGCAAAGGCAAUAAAUGCAGAUUGGCGUAAAGCUGUUCGAGACUAUGUUUACGCAUACAACACGACCCCUCAUUCUGUUACUGGAAAAGCUCCGAUGGAAUUGAUGACCGGUAGACCAGUUAAGGAUCUAUUGCCGUCGCUUAGAACAGAAUCUCAUUGGCAGCGAGAUGAAGAAACUCGAGAAAACGAUGCGAUCAAGAAAAUGCAGGGAAAAAUAUAUGCGGAUCAGUGCAGGCAUGCUAAAGCGUCCGAUAUUGAUGUUGGAGAUGAAGUUUUACUAAGGAAUUACGAAACUGGAAAACUAGAGCCUAAGUUUAAACUGGAAAAGUUCAAAGUUGUCAAGAAAAACGGUAAUGACGUGAUAGUCACAAAUGAUGAAGGUGUUAUUUACCGUCGACCAGCAACUCAUCUUAAGAAAUGGUCACCCGGUAAAGAAGCUGGAACCAACACUUCAACUAUGAGCCAGCCCACCCAGAACUCGGACGCACCAGAAGGAGACUUAGACGAAACGAGUAGAAUGAUGUUGGGGAAGGAAGGCAAGUCGGGAGCAUUUAAGAGACAGGCCAAAGAACACACCAUGCCAAAACGUCCUAAGCGUGAGAAGAAACUACCCGCUAGAUUUAGUUCAUAGUUUAAAGUUUGGUUGAUAGAACCAUUUUUAUUAGAGUAGAGAAGGGAUGUAGAGUUGAUGAAAUAUAAUCAUGACCAACCCUAUAACAAAAUGUCAUUGCAUAGCCCCUCGCUGCGAUAUUCAAAAGAGCGAACGUUAAAUUAAAAGAAAGAGUAAAAAGAAGAAAAUCUAGUUUUGGAGGCAGAGUUGUUUGAACUACGGUUGAGAGUGGUCGCGA